AUUAUCUAUAUUGUAUAAAUGAGAAUCCAAAAGGAGAAUAUAGCUUAGCCCAUAGUCAGGAAGUGACUGGUGAGGAUAAAUAAUGGCCACGGCAGCGUAUAUCUAGCCAAAGGUCCAACAUACAAUAUUCACUCAGUACUUGAGAGCUGGCGCUAUUCCUGGCAGUCAAAGGGCUGCCUGUUCUGUCCCUCAGCACAGGAAAUUCCAAGCUAGGUACCCAAGCCAACUGGAGAAGAUGGAAUUGAAUAUCUCAGCUUGCCUGUCUGGGCCUCUGAAUGCUGAGGGGGUAGCUAUCACUUAGAGUGGCCUGGCAGCUUUGGAGCUCUAGGCAUUUCCUUGGGUGGGAAGCCCUCACCCUGUCCUUGAAAUGGUUCUGGCUGGGUUGCAGCCCCUAGGUGGUGUGGGCGAAAUUUGGGACUGGUUUAGGGCAGGGAUAAGACUGAGAACACAGGAUUCCUUGUACUGCUGUAAAAAGGGAAGGCAGGAGGAUAUUGAAGACCCCAUUCCCUGCUUAGUCAAUCUCCAGCUCAUAGUCCAUGAUGACUUGGCUUAGGAUGUUCCUCGGUGUCAUCUUCUUGCUGUCUGCCUUCUCAGGACCUACUGUUGGGGGCCGCCCCAUGCCCAAGCUGGCUGACUGGAAGCUGUGUGCCGAUGAGGAAUGCAGCCACCCCAUCUCCAUGGCUGUGGCUCUUCAGGACUACGUAGCCCCUGAUUGCCGUUUCCUGACCAUACACAGGGGCCAAGUUGUGUAUGUCUUCUCUAAGCUGAAGGGCCGUGGUCGGCUCUUCUGGGGAGGCAGUGUUCAGGGAGAUUAUUAUGGAGACCUGGCUGCUCGCCUGGGCUUUUUCCCCAGUAGCAUUGUACGGGAGGAUCAGACCCUGAAGCCUGGCAAAAUCAAUGUGAAGACAGAUAAAUGGGAUUUCUACUGCCAAUGAGCUCAGCCUACCGCUGCCCCUGCUGUUUAUUUCUCCCAGCUUUAUGCAAAUACAUCAGCCAA